CAUGACAGAAUUCUACAUCUUGUGACAAAGUACCAUCUUUAGUAAAAAAGGCCACUGAUACGCUAAAGUACAUGUAGUUUAUGGUAGUUAAAACAGACAUUGCAGAAAAUUAGUUUCACGCAGUUUUAAUUAAGCUCUACCAGCUGAGGUUGCACCUUCUUUCAUUCUGCAAGGUGUAUCUUGUACAGUCAACACUCCUACAAUACGCGGUAACAUGUCAGUAUGCGGAACUUCCACCCCCACCGUGUAAGUUUUACUAGAAUGGCAGAGUGGCAGCUGAAAGCGCGUGUAGUGUGUCCUGCAUGUAAGGUGAGAAAUCUUAGUCACCUAAAAACGGUGUUACAAAAAAAAAUGUAUGAACCUGCAUACAAUAACAAGCACCGUAAGAGAUGUAUCAUACAAAACCAGAUUGCCCUUGGAGUUCUACUUUAAAAAGUUGAUGAAACGUGAAAGACUACUAGUUUAUGUUGAUAGAUGACUAUUUUAAAGGAUUUGAAACAAGUACACAGAUUCAAGAGACAAUAAUUAUAUUCAAGUCUAGAUGACUCGAGUUCACAUCUCUGCAACACUCCUAAGGACACUAGAAAUUGCUUCUGUUUCAUAUUAUAGCACCAUUGACAUGACUGUUGCAUGGCAGCCAUCACUUGUACCAGAGGUACCUUUUAUCUAGCUCUUUCCAGCUGUUAGAAAGCUGCCACCAACAUUAAUUUAACAGAGUGCCUAUCACGUGCAUGUGACGGCUUGUUCACCAUCAACAUAGCAGUACACGCACUUGAAGCUGUGGUACUUGCUCAAUGUGAGGACAGCAGGUUGUCUAUCUAGCUUGUGGUAACUACACCUAUUUGACCCAUUUGGUGUAUUAUUAAACAUGGGUACAAUUCAAUCCAAGAAGGCAGUGAAGAAACACCAACCGAAGAAAGGAAAACGAAAGCCACACUUCAAUUAUACAAGAAAGGUCGAAAUCCGUGAACUGCUUGAGGACUCCUAUGUACAAAGGCUUGAAGAUGCAAAGCAAACUCUGUCAAAGCCAACAGCUUGCAAAACCUUCAUUCAAACUAGAGCAACCAUCAGACAAAAAGAAUGGUCCCAUUCUUUGGAUGUGCCGAUGUGGACAGAAAAAAGGAAGGUUGAUCAAAUGAGAGAAGUGUGUAAAAGAAGAAGAGACAGGAAGACAAAUGUGGACAAAAGGAGAGAGGUGGAUCACAAUAAGGUGUGUGAAAAGGUAGAUAGAAAAAGAAAGAUAGGUAGAAAUAGAGAGGUGGAUCAAAGGAGGGAGGCAGAUCACAAGAGGGAGGUGUGCAAUAAGAGAGUAGAUAGUAAGAGAGAGGUGCACAGAAAGAGAGAGGUGGAUCAAAAGAGGGAGGCAGAUCACAAGAGGGAGGUGUGCAAAAAGAGAGUACGUAGUAAGAGAGAGGUGCAUAGAAAGAGAGAGGCUGAUAGAAAGACGGAGCUGAAUCAAAAGAAAAAGGUGCAUAAAAAGAGUGAGGUGGCUAUGAAGAAAGAGGUUAAUAUAAAGAGGAAAGUGGGUGAAAAGAAAAAAGGAGCUACAAAGAGAGAAGUAAAUGAAACAAGGCUUCGAAGAGCCACAAGAUUGAUGAGCAUUGAUGACUCUUCAGCAGGGACAGGCUCAACAGUACAACCAGCAACAAAAAUAGAGACAAGAGACGAGUCAAUGGGAGAUAUGGCCGACUUGGACUCAGUAGCACUGUCAACAAGAAACAUAGAGGAAAGAGACGAUGCACUGCCACAAGAACAGGAUUUAGAAGACGGUCAUCCACAUACCUCAGGACUAGGUGACAGAAACACUUGUAAAGAUUUGGCAAAUGAAUUCCAAAUCAAACUUGCAAAGGGUUUAUUCAGGCAUGUGAAGCCUUCAUGGCAGGAGACACCAGAACCACCGGUGGCUGAAGACGCUUUAGAUGCAUCUGGAAAUUUCAUUCUCUCUAAGCCACUUAAUCUGUCCAAGGACCAGCACCAUUGCUAUGCCAGCACUGCUGAAAUUAAAGGUCACAGUAGUUCACGUAUUAAUUGCACCUUGAGGACAUCCAGUGGUGGUGUAAAGAAGCGACAUAGUUCACUAUGUGCUCGAUCUGUUGUCAGUCCUACUAGACCUGUAGUUAAUAAGGUUGGAGAGGAAAGCCGUAAAGAUAUCAGAAAAGCUGUUGAAGCAGCAUGCAAGGUUACUCCAAGGUGGAGGAGAUAUCCUUCUGAGAACCGAGCUCAGAUUGUCCACUACAUUGCCAAAACCCUGAGACUACGAAAAAAGGAGGACACAAUACAAAUAUCUACUGUGACAGAAAGGCCUAUGAAAGAAGCAAAGCAGGAAGUUGAUCUGGCAAUACAGAGGCUUUCUUACUGGGCAGAUAAUGCUGAUAAUUUUGGUGGAGACAUACUAGAAACUACUAUGUAUGGUUGUACUAUAAGAAGUCAUGAACCUGUUGGAGUAAUUGGAAUUGCCUGUCCAGAUGACUAUCCUUUGCUUGGAUUUGUCUCACUCUUUGCUCCAGCUGUUAUGAAAGCAAAUACUAUUGUUAUUGUCCCAAGUGAAAAAUAUCCACUAAUUGCAACUAACGUAUAUCAGGUAAUUAAGAAAUCAGCUCUUCCUGAAGGUGUUGUCAAUGUUGUAACAGGCUCAAGGGAUCACAUGGCUAAGUAUCUUGUUGAACAUCAGAACGUUGAUGCUGUCUGGUAUUUUGGAUCAUUGGAAGGCAGCAAAUUGAUAGAAAAAUUGUCAACUGUCAAUGCAAAAAGGAAGUGGGUUAACCAUGGUCGAGAAAGAGAUUGGAAAAAUGAGAAAGAAGGGCAAGGAGAGGAGUUCUUUCUUCAAGCCACUGACCCCAAGAACAUAUGGAUCCCAAUGACGGAGAUAUUUGCCAGUUAA